AUGGCUUUUGUUGCACCUCCUGGUUACCAGCCCGUCUACAACCCUAGUAUUCCAUAUCUGGGGCCCAUCUAUGGAGGCCUUCAGCCGGGAUCCUCCGUCUACAUCCAGGGCUCCACGCCUGAGGACAUGACCAGGUUUAGAGUGAACCUGCUGUGUGGCCAGACUGAGGACAGCGACAUCGCCCUCCACGUCAACCCUCGCUUUGAUGGCUGGGACAAAGUGGUCUUCAACACCAAGCAGGAUGGCUCUUGGGGCGACGACGACAAGAUCAGGAAAAUGCCCUUCCGCAAAGGGGAGAACUUUGAGUUGGUCAUCCAAGUCACAGCUGAGGGCUACAAUAUUAAAGUCAAUGGUCAGGACUUUCACACAUUCGAACACCGGAUCCAUGUGGCAAAAGUACAAGCCAUUCAGGUCGCAGGAGACGUGAAAAUACAGACCAUCAAUAUCAUAGGGGGAGGUAUGGGCGGAGGGUGCCCUGGAGGUGACAUGGGGGGCGGAUACCCAGGAGGCAACAUGGGGGGAGGGUAUCCAGGAGGCAACAUGGGGGGAGGGUAUCCAGGUGGAAACAUGGGGGGAGGAGGAUAUCCAGAAUCAUGUCUACCUGGAAUGGGUGGACAGCCUGUGCACAACCCUCCUGUGCCAUAUCAGGGCAUGAUUCCUGGAGGACUGUCUGCCAAAAGGACAAUCAUCAUCAGAGGCCUGCUGCCUUUUGGUGGCAUAAGGAUGGCCAUAAACUUUGUGGUGAGCAAAACGAAUGACAUUGCUUUCCACCUGAACCCACGAGUGAAGGACAGGACUGUGGUGAGGAACAGUAAGAUCGGAGGCAAAUGGGGCAAAGAGGAGCGGGAACUCAAAUGCAACCCCUUCAUGGAGGGAGAGUACUUUGAUAUGUCGAUCCGCUGCGGAAAUCAAAAGUUUAAGGUGUUUGUGAACGGUCAACACGCGUUGGACUUUUCUCACCGAACAAAGUUGUUCAAUGAGGUCGACCGACUGGAGAUCGAGGGCGAUGUGCAGCUCUCCUACAUCCAAUUUUGA